UGUCUUUCUCUGGCCAUGUCCUGUGCCUGUCCACUCUUGCUGCCCUAUCUGCAGCCCCUGGCAGCCUCAGAGGUGCAGACCAAGGCCAUGGUCCUGCAGCCAUCGAUCUGCCUUCCUUCCUGCCAGCCCAGAAUAGCUCCUCCACAUCAGGAAGUGCCUUGGCCCAGGGGCAGUGGCGCGAGCAGGGGGAGGGCCAUGCCACCCCUACCUGGAGACAAGAUGUGGGACUCUCCCAUUCCGCUCCUGCUGGUGGCCUUCCAGAAGACACCUGUGCCAACACCACUGCCCCCCCCGGCCAUGGAGGCAGCCGAGAAGGUCAGCUCCCUGGGUAAGGAUUGGCACAAGUUCUGUCUCAAGUGCGAACGCUGCAACAAGACGCUGACACCCGGGGGCCAUGCCGAGCAUGAUGGGAAGCCGUUCUGCCACAAGCCCUGUUAUGCCACCCUGUACGGACCCAAAGGUGUGAAUAUUGGGGGCGCCGGCUCCUAUAUCUACGAGAAGCCACCGGCCGAGGGGCCCCAGGUCACUGGCCCCAUCGAGGUCCCCGUGGCCCGUGCUGAGGAUCGGAAGGCCGGCGGCGCCCCCAAGGGGCCCAGCAAAGCCUCCAGUGUCACCACGUUCACCGGGGAGCCCAACGUGUGUCCUCGCUGCAACGAGAGGGUCUACUUCGCCGAGAAGGUGACGUCCCUGGGCAAGGACUGGCACCGGCCGUGCCUGCGCUGCGAGCGCUGCGGGAAGACCCUGACGCCCGGCGGGCACGCGGAGCACGACGGCCAGCCCUACUGCCACAAGCCCUGCUACGGGAUUCUCUUCGGGCCGAAGGGUGAGUGUGGCUGGGGGGGCGGGGGGAGGCGUCGCCCCCGCCCCGCCCCCACCACCGGCCUCUCUCCGCAGGUGUGAACACCGGGGCGGUGGGGAGCUACAUCUACGACAGGGACCCUGAAGGCAAAGCUCAGCCCUAGGCCCCCCGCGGCUGCCCCUGCCAGCCUCCGCCAGCCCCAGCCGGCCCUUGUCAGGCUGCCUGAUACCUUCUGUGUCCCCGUGUGUCCCCGUGUGUGCCCGUGUCCCCUUGUGUGUCCCCAUGUGAGCCCGUGUGUCCCCGUGUGUGCCCGUGUCCCCUUGUGUGUCCCCGUGUGAGCCCGUGUGUCCCCUCGUGUGCGC